AUGGAGUUAAUAUGGGGAGUCAAUGAUGCUCCCAGAAAAAGGAACCCACUGAGUAGUGGGGUGCAGGGGGAGGCUGCUGACUUCCUCUCUCAAGCCAGCGAGGUCACUGUCAGCGCCGAGCGGGCACUCGCUCUCACGGCCAGCAUGUGGCAGCUGCUGCUGCCCGCCGUCCUGCUGCUUCUGGCGUCAGUCAGCACCGGAGCUGAAGGUGUCCAGAAGGCUGUGGUGUCCCUGCAUCCGGAAUGGGACAGGCUGCUCGAGAUGGACAAUGUGACUCUGAGGUGCCAGGGGGCCCAGGCCGAGGGGAACAGUUCCACACGGUGGUGGCACAAUGGUCACCUCCUGCCAAACCGGACCUCCAGCUACUUCAUCGAAUCAGCCAGCGUGAACGACAGCGGGGAGUACACGUGCCAGACCAGCCUCUCCAAUCUCAGCGACCCGGUGCAGCUCCAAGUCCGUGCCGCCUGGCUGCUGCUGCAGGCCCCGCGGUGGAAGCUGCGGGAGGGGGACCCCCUGGUGCUGCGGUGCCACAGCUGGAAGAACAAGAGGGUGCACAACGUCCAGUACUUCCAGGACGGCAGAGGCAGGCAGUUCUCCUACAACAACUCCGCCUUCCACGUCCCCAGGGCGUCCCGCAAGCACAACGGCUCCUACUUCUGCCGGGGCCUCAUCGGGAAGCUGAACGUGUCCUCCGAGGCGGUGGUCGUCCUGGUGGAAGCGCUGGCCAUCUCACCCGUCUACCCAGGGCACCUCGUCCUGCUCUGCCUGCUGCCGGGACUCCUAUUUGCCGUGGACACGGGACUGUACUUCUCUGUGCGGAGAGGCCUUCGAAGCUUAUUGAGGAACAGGACAAAUGACAACGUCACUUGGAGCAAGAGCCUCCAGGACAAGCAGGAGCAAUAAACGCAGACCCUCUGACCUUCAAGCCUCAGAGGGAAGGGGGGAGGGGAGGGGGGAGGGGAAACCAAAGCAGGGGAGGGGAGACUGUGCUAGGGUGAGGGACUGCGGCAUGGAAGGGUUACAGAAUGUGGGAGGGGGAGGGACUGCGGCCUGGAAAAGGUUACUGAUUGUAUUAGGGUCAGGAACCAUGGCAGAGAAAAAUUGCUAGAUUGUCUUAGAAAAACAAUAUGUUAUGAUAUGCUCCAGCCAGGUGUGACUCCGUUUACCUCCCCUUUGUGCUUAUGAACUUUCUGUGAACUUCUAAGGAACAGCUAAUGAAAUGCUUUGUAUUUUUUUAACACUGUUUUGCUAUAAAGGAUCAUACUGCACCCUUAAUCUCUGCCACGUGCUCCAAAGCUCCCAGAGGGGGAGAUAGGUGCAGUGGUCAGCUGGCCAGCUUAAUAAAGG